AUGCUUAACGCAAAUUACACAGAUGUGUCUGAGUUUGUAUUUCUGGGAAUUUCAACAUCUAGACCAAUACAGCAUUUCCUCUGUGCCUUCUCUAUGGUGUUCUAUGUAGUCAUUGUCCUAGGAAACACCCUCGUUGUGCUUACAGUGGCCUUUGACUCACAUUUACAUUUCCCUAUGUACUUUCUUUUGGGAAAUCUCUCAUUUAUUGAUUUAUGUCUUUCCACCUUAACUGUUCCCAAAAUGAUUUCUGACCUGUACUCUGGGCACAAUACCAUUUCUUUCUGGGGAUGUGUCUUCCAGAUAUUUGUCCUUCAUGUCCUGGGGGGAUCUGAGAUGGUGCUCCUGAUAGCCAUGGCCUGGGACAGAUAUGUGGCCAUUUGCAAGCCUCUCCACUACCUGAGCAUCAUGAGUCCACGGAUGUGCCUUUUGCUUCUGUCUGGUUCUUGGGUUAUUGGGUUCCUGCAUUCAGUGGCCCAAUUAGCUUUUGUGAUUCAUCUGAGUUUUUGUGGUUCUAAUAUGAUAGAUAGUUUUUACUGUGAUCUUCCUCAGUUUAUCAAACUGGCCUGCACAGAGCCCCACAAAAUGCAGUUCAUGGUUUCGGCCAACAGUGGAUUUAUUUCUGUAGGAACCUUCUUCUUAUUAAUUAUCUCUUACAUUGUUAUCCUUCUCACUGUUAGAAAACAUUCAUCAGGUGACUUGUCCAAGGCACUCUCUACACUUUCUGCUCACAUCUCUGUGGUGGUUUUGUUCUUUGGACCAUGCAUCAUUGUAUACAUGUGGCCAUUUCCUACUGUACCAGUGGAUAAGUUUCUUGCCAUUCUGGACUUCAUGAUUACACCCAUCCUAAACCCAGCCAUUUACACUCUGAGGAACAAAGACAUGAAGGUGGCAAUGAGGAGGAUGGUUACUCAGCUACUCAAUCAGAGGAAUUUCUUUAUCCAGCCAAUAAAAAAUAUUGCAUAG